UCGCUCCCGUGGGGCAGCGGAGCGGCGGGCGCCUCCUCGCGCGGGACCCCGGGGCCGGCGCGGCUGGGACCGGGCGGGGCAGGGCUGCGCAAAAUGUGCCGGGGCUGCCCGGGAGAGGAGCGGCGGCCGCGCUGAGCCAGAGCCAUGAGCCACCAGAUCCUGCUGCUCCUGGCCGUGCUGACCCUGAGCCUGGCUGCCUCCCAACACCGAGACCAGGUGUCCUGCAAGAUGGUGGACAAGGAGGUCUUGUGCCAGGGCCUUAGUCUGCUCCAGGUCCCCUCGGGGCUCCCGCGGGACAUCGAGGCCCUCAACCUAUCUGGAAACCAGCUGCGGAGCAUCCUGGCGUCACCCCUGGGCUUUUACACCGCCAUUCGUCACCUGGACCUGAGCACCAAUGAGAUCAGCUUCCUCCAGCCAGGGGUCUUCCAGGCCCUCCCCCACCUGGAGCACAUCAACCUGGCCCACAACCGCCUGGCGGUGGGCACCGCGCUGAGCACUGGUGGUCUGGGCCCCCUGCCGCACGUGUUGUCCCUGGACUUGUCCGGGAACAGCCUGUACAGCGGCCUGGUGGAGCGGCUGCUGGGGGAGGCGCCCGCCCUGCGCUCCCUCUCGCUGGCGGAGAACAGCCUGACACGCCUCGCCCGCCACACCUUCGGGGGCACGCCAGCACUGGAGCGGCUCGACCUGCACAGCAACGUGCUCAUGGACAUCGAGGACGGCGCUUUCGACGCCCUGCCCCGCCUGGCCCACCUCAAUCUCUCCAGGAACUCCCUCACCUGCAUCUCCGACUUCAGCCUCCAGCAGCUGCGGGUGCUGGACCUCAGCUGCAACAGCAUCGAGGCCUUUCAGACGGCUCCGGAGCCCCGGGCCGAGUACCAGCUCACCUGGCUCGACCUGCGGGAGAACAAGCUGCUCCACUUCCCUGACCUGGCCGCGCUCCCAAGACUCACCUUCCUGAACGUGUCCAACAACCUCAUCCGGCUCCCCGCGGGGCCGCCCCCGGGCGGCGAGGGCCUCCACGCGCCUUCCGAGGGUUGGUCAGCGCUGCCCCUCUUGAACCCCAGCCGGAAUGCCAGCGCCCACCCACUCUCCCAGCUCUUGAAUCUGGAUUUGAGCUACAAUGAGAUCGAGCUCAUUCCCCAGGGCUUUCUUGAGCACCUCACCUCCCUGCGCUUCCUGAACCUCAGCCGAAACUGCUUGCGGGCCUUUGAGGCCCAGCGGGCGGGCUCCCUGCCCUGCCUCGUGCUCCUGGACGUCAGCCACAAUGCGCUGGAGAUGCUGGAGCUGGGUGCCAGAGCCCUGGGGUCCCUGCGGACGCUGCUCCUACAGGACAAUGCCCUGCGGGACCUGCCCCCAUAUACCUUUGCCGGCCUGGUCAGCCUGCAGAGGCUCAACCUGCAGGGGAACCGAGUCAGCCCCUGUGGGGGCCCCGGGGAGCCUGGACCCCCAGGCUGUGUGGCCUUCUCUGGCAUCUCCUCCCUCCGCAUCCUGAACCUGGUGGACAAUGAGAUGGAGAUGCUGAGGGCAGGUGCCUUCCUCCACACACCACUCACCGAGCUGGACCUCUCUGCCAACCCUGGGCUGGAUGUGGCCAUAGGGGCCUUGGCAGGCCUGGAGGCCUCCUUGGAGGUCCUGGCCCUGCAGGGCAAUGGGCUGGCCGUCCUGCAGGUGGAUCUGCCCUGCUUCAGCUGCCUGAAGCGGCUCAAUCUCGCCGAGAACCGCCUGAGCCGCCUGCCAGCCUGGACGCAGGCUGUGUCGCUGGAGGUGCUGGACCUGAGGAAUAACAGCUUCAGCCUCCUGCCGGGCAGCGCCAUGGGCGGCCUGGAGACCAGCCUUCGGCGCCUCUACCUGCAGGGGAAUCCGCUCAGCUGCUGUGGCAAUGGCUGGCUGGCCUCCCAGCUGCACCAGGGCCGUGUGGACGUGGACGCCACCCAGGACCUGAUCUGCCGCUUCGGCUCCCAGGAGGAGGUGUCCCUGAGCCACGUACGUCCCGAGGACUGUGAGAAGGGGGGGCUCAAGACCGUCAACCUCAUCAUCAUCCUCACCUUCACGCUGGUCGCUGCCAUCCUCCUCACCACCCUGGCCACCUGUUGCUGCGUCCGCCGGCAGAAGUUCAACCAACAGUUCAAAGCCUAGAGGAAGCGGGGGCUGCAGAACAGCUCAGCCCAGAGACCCUUCCGGGUCAGUGGGGGAGCCCAAGAAGGGUGGGGACUGACCCAAGGUCACCCAGUGAGCCAGGGUCCGAGAACCCUGGUGUCUGAAUCCCAGCCCUGGGCUCCUUUCCCUUGUCCGGCGGCGUUGGUAAGUGACUCACUUUCCAGGCCGCACGUGUGGCCCAGCUGUGGAGGCCGGAACUUGAGCAGUUCCAGGACUGUCAGAGAAUAAAGCUGACCCAUCAGAUCAACAGACAUUCACCAGCAUCUCUUGUGUGCCACACCCUGCUCUGGGCUCCCAGGGACGCUGGUGAACGAGACGCAUCUCUGUCCUCAGGCAUCUCCCGGUCUGGGAGGGGAGGUGGUCGCAGAGCCAUGCAGUGACCACACGGUGUGGGAGCCCUGCAGCCCCGCUGGCUGCGUGUGGACGGUCCUGCCCCCGGCCAGGCCAGGGUAACCAAGGGGCGAGACCAAGAGCCUUGGUCUGAGACGUUUCCAAGCAGACUGUUUGUCACAUCUUCUGAUAAUGACUUUCAGCUUCUCUGGAACAUGAAGAGCUUGUGACCGGAAGAGAGCUGGAGCCACAUGAGUCCGUCUUGGACCCAGCGCUGUUUGGCGGGCCGCGGCGGCUCCAGCAGGGCCUGGGGAAACGCUGUCGUGCUGGGCUCCGGCCCAGGCCUGACCAUUCCGUUUCCUGCUCUGGGGCUCCUUCCCUGGCUGGCACUCCCGUGCGGCACACACUGGCCCGAAUACUGCCCAAGUCCCCGACGCCCUGCCCGGGGCCCCUGCUCCAUCCCAGCCCCACCCUGGCCGCUGAGCUAGGAGUUAGAAUCUUUGGGAUCUGGUUCUGUUUUGCCCCAGGCUUGGCAGCUGUAGCAAACCCAAGCCUGCGUCUGCCUCUUUAUGACAAGGCUCUGAGGUUGGUAUUUUAUCCCGUUUUAUAAAGGAGGCUUGAAGUCUCCCUCCAGGGUCCUGCAGCUAAGAAACGCCAUAAGUGAGAUUCAGACUCAUCUCCUCCUGCCUCCACGGCCUGAGCUCUGUCACUGUGGCAGCUGCAGGCUCUUAGGUGGACCGGAAGUGGUCCCACAUGGCCAGAACAGGGCCUGGGAGCAUCCUGUGUUGCACAUACCCACCCACUCCUCUCCCUCCUCUCUCCCAGGCAGGCAGAGAGAAGACAGGCAGCCACGGGCCCUCUGCUCCUUCUCUGCCUCAGUUUCCCUUGUUCCCUCCUUUGCAGACUGCUGUGGGCCCCCUUUUUUCUCUUCUUGCUCUUGCAUUCCCUCAUCCCCUCUCCCUUCAUAGAGCGUGACCUGGAGUUUGAGACCACUGGGUCCAACCUCCCCAUUGCACAGACAGGGAAACUGAGGCUGAGGAAGAGAAUGGGAGUUGCUCAGAGCUGCACAAGUCAGUGGCAGAGCCUGUGAAAAAAGUGGCUUCAGACCUCAUUGAGGGGCAUGUGGUGGCACUAGGGGUUGGACCUGAGUGGUUUCCUUCUCUCAGCUCUCACAUCCCAAGAGAACACUGACUCCACAUUCUCUUCCUGGUCCUCAUCGUGCAGACAUUUUUUUUUCCCCAAGAAAAAUGGGUAGAAAAACCCAUCCAGGUAUCACCCUCUAUCGGUCAUUCCCGUGGAAUCAUGGGCUGUCCGGGAAGAAGGGAAGCCCUGGGAUCAGGCCGGACCCUGUGUGACUGUCUGCCCCUCUUGCCUGGGCUGGGCCCGCGGUCUGGCUCACGACAGUGCUCAUAAAGGAGAUGAUGAAAAUGCCCCUCUCUCUCUGCCCCAUUUUACAGAUGAGAAAACUGAGGCCCAGAGGGGGUUGAGGACUCAGGGAGUCAAUGGCCGAGCCGGGGCUGGAACCUGGUGUCCUGGCCCAGCCCAGGGCCCAGGCGGCGUCAGGGGCAGCCGGGGGCGUCGGGUCCCGGGUCCGGCUGGGGUCACGCCCACAGGUGCUCACCACACACGGAUGCUUUUCCUCGGGCCUGGAGGGCCAGGUGCAGGCCCCUUCCCGCCUGAUCUUUGCAAACACUACACAAUGCUGCUGUCACCUCCCAGGAGCCAGGCCACAGCCCGGCCUCGGCACCAGCCUUUUGUAUAACCCACGUGAAUGUAUUAAAAAAUGAUUUUGGAGAAACAGCUCA